AUGAUGGCAGCAGUAAAAAAGCUUCAUGGAAGGGAAUUUUAUAAGAAACUUGGGUGUCCCAAGCGAAUAUUGGCUCCAAUGGUAGAUCAAAGUGAAUUGCCCUGGAGAAUUUUGGCAAGAAGAUCAGGAGCCGACUUAUGUUACAGUCCGAUGUUUCAUUCUAGAUUGUUUAGCGAAAGUGAAGAUUACCGUAGCAAAGUAUUUUCUACUAGAGACAUUCCUGAAGAAAAGCCUUUGAUAAUUCAAUUUUGCGGGAAUGAUCCAGAAAUAAUGCUAAAAGCAGCUCAGUUAGCAGCUCCUUAUUGUGAUGCUGUAGAUUUGAAUUUGGGUUGUCCCCAGGGUAUUGCGAAAAAAGGUAAAUAUGGAUCCUUUUUGCAAGACAAUUGGCCUAUAAUCGAAUCUAUAAUUAAAAAGUUGCAUGAAGAGUUACCAAUCCCUGUAACUGCUAAGAUUCGCAUUUUUCCUGAUCCGAAAAAGACGCUGGAAUAUGCAGAAAUGAUUCUCAAUGCCGGCGCUUCAUUUCUAGCUGUUCAUGGACGCCUUCGUGAGCAAAAGGGACAAUUUACUGGAGUGGCGGAUUGGGAACAAAUUAGCAUGCUCCGCAAAAGCCUUCCUGCUGGCACGGUUUUGUUUGCCAACGGCAAUAUUCUUCAUCCAUGUGAUAUUGACCGAUGUAUUGAAGCUACCGGUGUAGACGGUGUCAUGUCUGCGGAAGGAAGUCUGUAUAAUCCCAAAAUUUUUCUCCCCUCUAAUUCCCCCAUGAAUAUAUUAUAUCCUCGUGUCGAUGACAUCUGCGAUGAAUAUUUGAACAUUAUACGUGAGUUCGGUCUUGAUACAGAUUAUAGUACCCGUUCUGCCAUUAAAGGCCAUAUGUUUAAGUUAAUGAGGCCUUUAUUAAGUAUCCAUACAGAUAUUCGAAGUAUGCUGGCCACAGAAUGUACUCCCCGUGAUUUUGAGAGCUUUCCUCGUGCUGUAGCUGCUCUCCGAAAGCGUCUAAAUGAAUGCAAAGAAAAGGAUGAAAUUCGUGAAGAAGACGAACCGAAUGAAGAAAAAAAGGAUGAACUUGGAUAUCCCAAGAUUCCUUGGUGGCGUGCUCAACCAUAUGUUCGUCCUUCAACAGAACCGUCUGUGACUAAACGGAAACUGGAAGAAGCGCCUGUUUCUGAAGCUCCGGUUAAAAAGUUGAAUAUAACUAGUUAG